GAAUGCAAGGCAAUCGAUGCCGCAGCAGCGAUGGAGCAUCCAGACCCUGCGGAAUCUUGGAAGACGCAGACCAUGGAAGCCAUGAAGGGAUACUAUGAAGCAGUAGUCCAUAGGCUUGCAGAGGCAAUGUGCAUCGAGUGCCGGUGCAUAGAGCCACAUGUCCAAAUGAUUGGGAAAUCAGCUGCCUUGAAACAGAUGCAGAACUACGAGGCUGGUUUUGUCGCUGUGGCAGCACCAGAGAUCUAUGCUGAGAUGGAGAACAUGUGGAGAAAGAGACAGAUUGUAGAAAUCAUGGUGGCUGAAGAGAUGGAUGUGGAAGCAGCAAUGCAGGAGAGCGAUGCAGUGAAGGAGGAGGACUGGAAGAAUGCCAAGGUCAACACGACCACAGCCAAAAGGAUUGUUCCCAAGUUGCACAGACAGCUUGGCCAUCCAAACAAUGAGAAGUUGGUCAGGGCGUUGAAAGACGCCAAGCUUGAUGAGGCGGUUGCGCAACAGGCCAAGGCAUACAAGUGUGACAUUUGCGAGUCACACAAGACAAAGCCGUUGGAGAAACCAGCAGCUUUGAAGCAGUCGUCCUACUUCAAUGAGGUUAUUGAGAUGGACACCUUCCACAUCAGGUGGGGUGAUGUCAAACACAAAGUUUUGGCCAUCAUUGACACUUACUCUCACUUUGAGACCAAUGCCAUCAUCCAAAGCGAGUCCAUGGAGGAAGAGAUUGACAUUUUGAAGAAGCAGUGGAUUGCUUGGGCUGGCAGACCAAAGGUCAUCAAGGCAGAUUCCUCAGGCGCUCACAUGUCCGAGUUCUUUCAAAGUUGGUGUGAUGAGCGGGGCAUCCGUUUGAUGCUCAUUCCAAAGGAGGCUCACCAUCAGCUAGGCCUCGUUGAGCGACUGCAUGCCGUCCGACGACAGCAGUUGAUAAAAAUGAAAGAUGAAAAGACAGACCUCACCAUUGAGGAUGCAGUCCUUCAUGCAUGCGAGCAAAGGAAUCGCUUGAGAACAGUCCAUGGUGCUUCCCCUUCAGCUUUGGUGUUUGGGCACAGGCCCAAUCAGUCCGGCAUCUCAGAUGAGCCGCAUGGUGUUCGUCCAGACGGACCUCCGCGUCAGAUGGAGGACAACGAAGUCAGAAUCCUGGCUGCCAAGGCCUUCUAUGCAGCCAACAACAGCACAAAAGUGCGACGCGCCCUUCUGGCGCGUAGUCGUGCCGAGCAUGAAGUCCUGGAAGUUGGGGACUAUGCCUAUUACUGGCGCACUGGCAAUGACAAGUUGGAGCACUCCCGAUGGCGUGGACCUGCACUGAUUUGCGCCAUUGAAAGUCGUGAGACAGCCGAGGGGUCACCCCGACCCACUGUCUAUUGGCUUGCCCAUGGAGCUUCUUUGGUGCGGUCUGCCCCAGAACAUGUCAGAUUGGAGGUGAGCAGUGAGCGCGCUGCCCGUCUGGAAACUAUGCCGCAAAUAGCCACCAGAUUGCCCUUACAUCGGCAACUCACUCAGGCUCUUCAACCAGUGCGAGGUCCCAUUCGAUUUUUAGACUUGGGGCCCGGUCCACUCAAUUCUAACGCAAGAGGUGUGGGAUCUGCUGGCGUCUUGGGUCUGGAGGAGAGACCUGAUGAGGACACUGCCCAUCUCCGUGGUGUGGACGUGGUCCCCACGGGGGCGGGAUCUGUGGCCUCCCCGGAGAGGCCGGGUGAUCAAGCUGCCCAACCCUCAAAGCGUAAGAAGAAAGAAUCACUCAUGCAGAAACAACAGCAAAAGAGUGAGGAGCGACAAGAGCAGAAUGAAGUGAAGAAGUCGGCGCUGAAAGCAGAGACAGAGACACAGUUGCAAGAGGCACAACAAGAGGAUGUGAAAGCGGCUGAGCGAGAUCAGGCCGCCAAUGAGGAAGGGCUGCCCCAGCAGGCCGCCAGAGUCUUGGAUGGUUUGCCGAGAAAGUCAAAGGCGACAGAGGAGCAACUCAGAAAAGGGAACCAGUGGUCAGAGGGCCUUGAAGAUGAGGAGAUGUUGGCUGAGGAGUUUGAUGAGAAGAGGCUGACGGAGGAGCAGAGAAGGAUGUUUGAUGAAGCAAAGGACAAGGCAUUGAUGGUUUGGAUUGAGAACUCAGCUUGGAAGGCAGUUGAAGAGAGCGAGGCCAGAGAAGGUGUCGUUGGGGCGCAAGACUUGGAAGGUGAGUACAAUGGUGAUUUUCUUUCCUUCAGAGACAGGCUUUGUGGUUUGUCGGGGAGGUUCAGGUUUGGAUCAUGGUCAUUUGGGAACACCAUGGAAUUUUGUGGCGCUGAAGUGGAACAGAGCUUGGACUAUGAGACAGUGCAGAUUUCCGUGGCAGAAUAUGUGCGCAAGGUCAAGCCGCUGACCAUCGACAAGAACCGGAAAACCAUGUCUGGUGACCCAUGCACAGCCAAUGCGCAGAGGCAGCUACGAGCAAUCGUAGGUGCGAUGGCGUGGCCCGCCAACCAGUGCUUGCCCCAGACCUCAGCGACGUGCAGCCUCCUUCAAGCAUCUGUGGCAAACCCCACAGUGUCGGACUUGAGUGAAGAAAACAAAGGUUUGAGAUUCAUGAAAGAUGUGGGGAAGGACUACAAGCUCCAAAUCCACAACCAUGGAAGCCUGGAGUCACUUCGCUUUGGUGUCUAUGCGGACGCAGCGUGGGCCGUCCGCCCUGAUGACACGAGCCAAGGAGGAUACAUCAUUUUCAUUGCGUCCAAGGAGGAGAUCAACGAAGGCCGAGCCAUGAAGCUCUCAGUUUUGGAUUGGUCGUCUCGGAAGCUUGCACGCGUCUGUCGGUCGUCAUUGGCCGCGGAAGCACAGUCAGCAUCCGUGGCAGUUGAUGCCUUGGAGUGGUUGAGAAUUUGUUGGUCAUUGAUGCUUUGGCCGACCAUCUCCUACGAAGAUGAUUCGGUGUUGCAAAGCACAGGUGAAUCACCGGUGCUGACUGACGCAAAGGCCUUGUUUGACUCGGUGAACAGUCUCACUCAGAACAAGGCGAGCGAUCGACGCACAUCGAUCGAAAUCAGCAUCAUCAGAGAUCGUCUGCAAGCCAUGAUGUCCAAGAUGAAAUGGGUGAACAGUGGACAGCAAUUAGCUGACGGAUUGACCAAGAGGCAGGCAAGAGAGCAGUUUGCCUACCUUCUGCAGCGUGGGGUGCACCGCUUGGUGUACGAUGAAAGUUUCGUUGCAGACAAGAAGGUUGGAAAAGAUGUGAAAGAAAGACAGCAUGCAGAGAUGGAAAAGUUAGCAAAAGAAAUGUUUGAGGGCCAUGUUUUUGCAGUUGAGGAUGAGAAAAGCGAGCGUGGAAAGUGUGCUUUGAAGGGAUGCGAAAAGAAAAUUGAUUUGACAGAAGGAAAGAACCAGUUUUGCAGCAGGAGACAUUAUUAUUUGAAUUUGCACAGAAAACAAAGCUGUGGUGACCCGUGGAAAAAGGCAGCAAUGCAUGCAGUUGCGAUCAUCGCAGCAGAGUCAGUGACUAGCGCUGAGGCAGCAAUCACAGAGAAAGAGGAUGAGCAGUUUUGGACAUUCACCAUGACGUUUGCUGUGAUCAUCAUUUUUGCGUUUAUUGGUGCUUUUGGGGUCGUCAUCAAGAUUAAGGAUGUUCUUGCGUAUUUCAGUGCACUCUUGUCAAAGUUCUUUGCGUUUUCACGGAAUGACAUCGCUUUUCAGAAUGAGCCAACUCUUGUGAAUGAUCAGGUUUUUGAAGAGAUCUACGCAUCACGAAGCCAUGGCGCGGCGGUGCGUGUGCGCGAUGCUGGAACUGGAUCGGCAGAGGCUGAGCCCUUGCGUUGUGACGCGAGCGUAGGCAGCAGCGACACUGACCAUUCACCCAAGUCAGUGCCGGCAACCGAUGGUCCAGAUGCAAUUCAGUGCAAGCACUUGCGCGUCAACUGGCAAGGGACGAAUGGAGUGCAGUGGAAAUGGACAUGCUUGGAUUGUUUGGCAUUCCAAGUUGUGAAGAAAGGAGAAGGAGUGAGCAAGCCAGUGCCAGCUGUCUCAGGUGUGAAAGCGCCAAUGCGAGAUGAGUGGAAGAAGCGAAUGGAGAGAAUGUUUGAUGAGGGCAUGAUCGUAGACAAAAUCAUUCAGACACCAUUGACGUUUGACCGUCAGGGACACAGACCUGGAUGGAUGUAUGUGAGAGAGGGGGUGCACGGUGCGUUCAAACAUUUGAGCGCUUUUCAGGAUCGAGUGUGA